CAGUUCAGCACUCAGCACAGUAGCAGACGAUCUCUUAUAUAUUCAGCACCCUCUAGGCCUCUACUCCACUCCAAGCGCAUAACAACCACUCUCUACUCUCAAUCCCAUCCCCAAAGAGGCAAAAACUCUGACCCUAUCUACUGGACCUUGUUUGGUUGAAAGCGUCGAGGCGUUACUCUAUUCCUCUCCUAUAACAUGAAGGUCCAAACGCAGCCCUCGCUGAACUUCAACCGCGGCUCAAAUUUGCCCCUCCCGUACUGUCGCGAUAAUGGCAAGAUGGGCAUUUCCUCCUCCAACCACGGUGCGAGCGAUUUUCCGAGCUCCGAUUCGUUCAUGUUGGACGCUCCGGAAACCAACGGGAAGGAUUCUCCGGCGGCCGUUGAUCCGGAAUGUUGCAGCGCCAAAAUGACUCUUGUUCACAACGGAACUGAAGAGUUGCCGUUGAUCAACGGCGGAGAAGGGUUGGGCCACACCGGUACCCCGCGUGACAUGGACGCGCAGGGAGACCCCUGGAAGUCGGCGGUGAAGCUGCAGAAGGUGUACAAGAGUUACCGCACACGGCGUAGGUUAGCCGAUUCUGUGGUGGUAGCUGAAGAGCUAUGGUGGCAGGCUUUAGACUUUGCUAGACUAAAUCACAGUACGAUUUCCUUCUUCAAUUCGCCGGAGAGUGUGGCCUCCAGGUGGAAUCGUGUUGGAUGGAAUGCUUCCAAGGUGGGAAAAGGUCUGUCCAUUGACGCGAAGGCUCAAAAAUUGGCUUUUCAACAUUGGAUUGAAGCUAUUGAUCCACGGCACCGCUAUGGGCAUAACUUGCAUCUCUAUUAUGAGGAGUGGUGCCAGGCAAAUUCUGGGCAGCCAUUUUUCUACUGGUUGGACAUAGGUGAUGGCAAAGAACUCAAUCUUAAACAAUGUUCAAUGUCAAAGCUUCGACAACAAUGCAUCAAGUAUCUUGGACCUCAAGAGAGAGAGAAUUAUGAAUACAUAUUGGAGGAAGGAAAAGUUGUUCAUAAACAAUCUGGGAGUCUCCUUGAUACUUUCAAGGAAAACCAUGGGUGCAAGUGGAUAUUCGUUAUGAGCACUUCCCAAAAAUUGUAUGCCGGUGAGAAAAAAAAGGGAAGGUUCCAUCAUUCUAGCUUUCUGGCAGGAGGAUCUACAUUGGCGGCUGGAAGGCUAAUAGCACAGCAUGGGAUUCUUAAGUCUAUCUCUGCAUAUAGUGGACAUUACAAACCUACAGAUGACAGCCUUGAGAUAUUUUUAUCCUUUCUUGGGGAGAAUGGAGUAAACCGUGAUGAAGUUGAGAUACAUAAAGCUAGUGAAGAUUCCGACAGCUAUCGUGAUGAUUUCAAAUCUAGUAGAAGUGGGACACUGCCUGAACUUUCAGCAAUCAUGGAGCCUCCUAAACCUGAUAUUGUCAAUGAAGAGAAAAACUUGACUUCAGAACCUUUUGAAGAAGUUAAGCCACCUGAAGCUAAAGGUGAAUACAAAAGGACUUUAUCUGGUGGUCUUCAGAGCCCAAGAGCAGAGGUGCCAAAGGAAGCAAUAUUACAAAGAAUCAAUUCCAAGAAAAUAACCAAAUCAUACCAGUUAGGGCAUCAGCUCUCCUUGAAGUGGUCAACAGGAGCUGGCCCAAGAAUUGGAUGUGUUGCUGACUACCCCUUGGAACUGAGGUUACAGGCCCUGGAAUUCGUGAAUCUAUCUCCAAGAACACCACCCACACCAUCAACCUUGAGGAGGAUCAAUGGUCUUGCAUCACCUACCGCGCAGCCCACAUCAGACUCUAGUAAUGGUAACCCAUCUCCAAGAAUGCCUCCCACACCUUCAACUUGAACUUACAGGAGGAUGGUCUUGCAUCACUUACAACACAGCCCACAAUGUGUUUGACUAAUGGUAAUGGGAACACUGGUGAUUGAAUUUCAUGUCUAAUCAAUUUCCAAGAUGGAUGCUUAGUGAGAUGUAAUUAUCUGAUAUGAUCUUUUAGUCACUUCACUUGGUAAUAAUGCUCCUAGCAUUAUAUGAAUUGCCUCCACAACAGCAGCUAAAUUUCUUUAUUGCAUUUUACGCUAAAUUUUACCAUAUAUGUUUGUGGAGUAGAAAAUUCCAGUCCGAUAAUAAUAAUAAUAUUUGCAGCGCUA